AUGAAUCACACUGGGCCUGAGAAGCGCGAGCAGAAGUUCGUGCUCGACUGCAUCGCUGUCAGUUCGGUUGCGCUCGGGUAUGAACACAUGCGCCCCCGGCUCUGGUCGGUGCUCCCCGGGUACGACGCACGCAAUGACCCCCACGCUGCGCGCUACACGACCACCCCAUCGGUGCAGAGGGUCCCACAGAAGACCACCCCGUCGGUGCGGAGGGUCUCGCAGAAGACCGAGAACAAGGAACUGAAGAGCGCCGCUGCCCAAAAGUCCCUAGACCUGAGGAACACUUCCGGAGCAGGUCACUCCCGAGAGCAGGUGAGCAACCACAGUGGUCUCAUGUCGGACAUCAAGCCGCUGAUAGGCUACAACGGGCGGUUUGGGUUUCGGCGCAACACGCCCAACCUCCGGCGGGACCCGUCCAGCUUCGGAGAGGUGACCACGUUCCAACUCCAUUGAGUCC